UCCAAUUCCAAAUUCCACUUCCCGAUUCUCGCAGUCGGAGGCCUCUCUACUCUCUCUCUCUCUCUCUCGGCCACUCCCUCGCCGGAGCUGGCAUCUGUCCGUGGAGGCGUCGAUCCGCGCCUCGCCGCCGCCCGGUCCUCGGCGCCACGCGUGCACGCACCAUUAUCCCGGCCUUCUCCCCCUCCACCUCCACCUCCACCUCACCGGCGACGCGCGAAAGAAGGCGGCUCGCUGGAGGGCAUAAACCCUAGGUAGGCCCUCCGGGGAUGGAGGCAGCCGCCUCUAGCCUCUCGUCGCUGCUCGCCACCCUCCGCGUGGACGGGCCCUGGACGCCUCCGGGUAGCUGGGAGGCCAUCACCCCCGAGAGCGGCGCCGCUCGUAUCUCAGACCUCGGAGGGCGCUCCCGCCAGGAGCCGAUCUACGAGCUCGCGUCGGUUACUGAUAAUGCUUUGGUUCGUUUGGCUUUGCAUGCGCUGCAUGGUGUAAAAUCAUCAUUAGAUGAAAUUGAGGAGCUUUCCGUGCUGUUCUCCUCAAAUCCGGCAGACAGGACCUCUCACCGUGUCGCAAAUGUGUGGUCACGUUCAUCCAGCACUACAUCUGUGGGGCAUAUUCUCAAAUCUAUACGCUCGACAGGUCUUGCGAUUUUCUUCCUUUGCAAGUUUGUGCACUUUCACCUUUUCCAAAAUCGAGAAAUGAAUUGUGCAAGUAGAGGGGGAUGUGAACAUGAAGAUUCUGAAGAUAAAGACACUGAGCAACACCGCCCUUACAGCCUAGUAAACCAAGCAUUUGCGGCAGCAGUUGAAAAGGUCCUCGAAGGCUAUUUCUGUUCCUUGAAUACUUUACCAGCAUCAAUUAAGCUAAGGCGUUCAGUCGGGCAAUCUGAAAAACUGUCAAGGAUUCCCAAUGGAGCUAGUUUUAAUUCUACUUCUGAAGUCUCACUUCUGGAAGUUUACCUCCACAGUGAGGAGUUAAGAAGGCAUGUUAAGUCCCUUGGAAAUAUUUGUUUCCCUAAGUUUGCAGGUCUUACAUUGUGUCAGGAGGGUUUGAAUACUGAUACAAACGUGGAGUUUGAGAAUUUCCCAUGGGGCACCGAUUUGCUUUCCUAUUUGUAUGUCCAUCUUCGUGAUGCUGAUCCAGUUCACUAUGGACUUCUGAAAUACCUUUUCAUUCGUUCUUGUGAGCCAUACCUUAACUUCGUUAAGUCAUGGAUUUACCGGGCUUGUGUUGAUGACCCUUACAAGGAAUUUCUCAUAAAACGAAAUGAGAACAAGCAAUCUGAAGGAGCUUCUUCUGGUGUACUAGAUGAUUUCACCCUCUUGCCCUUGAAGGGAAGAAAUCAUGUGUCUGCUCCAUGUUUCCUAAAAGAGAUUUGCCAUCCUCUUCUACGUACUGGGCAGCAGCUUCAAGUGCUCAUGAAGCUUCUAAACUCAUGCAAUCUUUCUGUUACCGGAGGAGAUGCUUAUUCCUCUCGUAAUAUCAUUUGUCUGGAGGGAGUUCUCCCGUGGUUUGAUAUGUCAAUUGAGUCUUCAGUGAAUUCAUUUACUUUCUCAAAAAGUAGUGUGGAAGCAGUAACAUAUCAAAGAGAUGCUAUGUACAAGUUGAUGAUGGAGAAGCUCCAGCACUUUUUCUCAAGUGUUGAGGUGAUUCCUUUUGACUCUGUGUCGAACAUCCUACAUAUAAGGACGGACCCUCUGGAAACGUCAGUUUCAGAUGAGCUGUUCUAUGGAGACAGUGAUGCAACACUAACUUGCAACAUGGAUGCAGAUGAAAAAGAUAAUAAUGCUUCUUCAACAUCACAAGAAUCUUCAGAUAUAGUGGAUCCAAUAGAAUCUUCAGAGUGCUCUUCGUAUAGUUCUAUGGAUGACAUUGAAGUUGAGAGUGCUACAGCUUGUGAUAAUUUGUCUAGCUCCAUGUUCUCAUCAUCCUGUACAAGUACAGUUGAAGCAAAAUACUCUUUGGUAACCAAAAAGCUGCUUUCAUAUCCAACUACUUCUGUUCGACAUGGGAUAAAUCCUGCAAUUCCUAUUGAUGAGCACCAGAUAGAUGGCAACUUGAGUUGCAGACUUUUUCCGGUGCACUCCCAGAAUAUUAAACAUAAUGUGGUGCCUAAUGCUCUUGAGCUCGAUUACCUCCUUAGUAACUCUUCACCAUUUGGUAGAUUUCUAAAGAAUUCAUUCAGUAGCUCAGAAAAAAUGAGUUCGGCUGGCGAGUUCUUAUAUGCUGACAACAAAAGUGCAUUAGAGCAAGCAUCACUUGAUAAUGUAGUUUAUCCAUUACACUCUGAAUCAGGGUCUCCUGGACUAUUAGACAGUAAAAACAAUCAGAAAUCUGGCAAGAUAAAUCAGCCAUGGAAUACUAGUAUUCCUUACAAUAUCAGCUUGAACCCCAUAUUGAAGAAUGCUGCUUGCCGUCAUAAGGAGAAUGACUUACAAGGGAAGAGGAAAAACCAAGCACUUGCCAGCUUUGAUUUCGAGUCAGUCACAGAUCCAUGUGAAGUAUAUUGUGGAAGAAGUACAUCCUACCAUGAUGAGUCUGGACUUGGAGCUGCAACAGUUGUACAACCCAGUGCCCAGGCUUCUAGACAGCCUGAUUGUUCUAGCAUGCCUCUUCAAGCUCAGGCAAGAGGUAAGGCAUACGUUGCUUCCUCAGGAGAAAUGGCAGGAAGAGAUAAUCUUCAGGAAAAUGCUUCUGGUGGGGCAUUCUGGGAGAAAUCAUUACAAUAUACUGCUAAAUCAAAAGAAAAAAUAGCUGGAGAUAGUAUUUCACAACCUGAUAUGCCACUUGAUAUAGUUAUUGACAAGUGCAUUGUACAAGAAGUUCUGCUUCAAUAUAAAUAUGUUAGCAGCUUCACAAUGAAGUUGCUUGAGGAGGGUUUUGAUCUUUGUGGACAUUUACUAGCUCUCCGGCGAUACCAUUUUAUGGAACUAGCGGACUGGGCAGAUUCUUUUAUUGUUUCAAUUUAUCGUAAAAAGUGGUCAUUUGUGAAGCCUGAGCAUAAAAGAACAGAGAUCCAAAGGCUUAUGGACUUGGCUUUGCAGAGGUCUUCAUGUGAUUCGGACCCUUAUAAGGAAAGAUUGUUUAUAUGCAUGAGACAGCAACCAGUUGUUUCUGUUGCAGCCUCUGCAUGCGGUCUUGAUGUGCUGGAUGACAUCUUAUUGGGUUAUAAAGCUGAUUGGCCAGUGAAUAUUGUCAUCACAGAGGCCACACUUAAAAUAUAUGCUGAAAUAUUCUGUUAUCUUCUUCAAGUCAGGUUUGCGGUCUUUUUACUAACUGAAGUAUGGCGAUUUCUGAAGAAGUUGACACAGCUAAUCAGUCGCUCCAGCCAUAGUAGACCUGAUGUGUUGAAGAAAUUGAAUUAUGUGAUGAAAGUGAGACAUCAAGUUUAUCACUUUCUAUCAACACUUCAGCAGUAUCUCCAUAGCCAUUUGGCUGAUAUAUCAUGGAGUCGUUUUCAACAUUCCCUCAAAAAUCAGGUGAGAGAUAUGCUGGAUCUUGAACAUGUGCAUCUGUGUUAUGUUACCGAUGCACUUGACAUAUGUUUCCUAUCCAAUGAGACAAAACCAGUUGCCACCAUAAUCAAAAGCAUGCUGCAGCAAGCUUUGGAGUUGCGAUCAUGCUUCAAGAGUCUUGAUGAUAUUUCUGGAUUUACAGUUAACCAACUUAGUAAUCUGCAUUCUAUUAUAAACUUCUCUCAGGUGGAUGCAAUUAGAACAAAGUUUGAGGGUAACAUCAAAGAUUUGCAUAUUUUGCAUUCGAAGUCUCCCAAAUUUGGGGAGCUUGGCCUUUCCCGUUUCUGGGGGUAUCUGAACUUCAAUGAAUACCAUUCUAUGACAAUCAGUGCAGAUAUGGGCAGCCUCUAUUUUUAAUAGGACAUCUUAAGACUGAAGUAAUUUUUUUGCUAUAUCUCCGGGGACUAGCUCACCUUUUACAACCAUUGGUGAUGGCAUUGUGUGCAUUUUUAUUGUUCUCCCUGAGUCCUGGUAGUAACAAGAGGUGCCUUUGUUUUGGAUCUUCUGGAAUCAGUUCAGCUUUUCAGCUCUCGGUGACAGAUGGUAUUGCCUGUGUGUGCUGGUUCUAGUAUCUAUUAUGCAUCUGCACUGCAAGAGGAACAUGCUGCUGACGCUUCUCCUUUCAGACGAACGCAUUGCUAAGAUCAAAUUAUUCCCCCGUAUAUGCAACCAUCCCUUAUAGUUCUUUGACUUAUUUCAGCGAGAUAAAGAGACCUAUGCUUCAGCGUUGAUUAUUUUAUGGAACUCUGAUACCUGGAGAUGGAUUGAUCGGUUGAGAUUGGAAGUGCUUUUAAAAUUUAGAAUGAGCAGGGGAAGUCGCGAAAUCCUUUCGUUUAAGUAACACGCCCAACACUUAAUUGGACGUCAGUAAUGGCAUUUCUGUGAAUGCAUGCAGUUCUUAGAAAGACAGUAGUUUUGUAUAGUUCAUGUAAUCUUGAUUCUUGACACGUCACUUGGUAAAUCAAGGUGAUUGGUUGCCCUUUGGCCUCUUACAUGUAAAGAUGAAAACUCCUGUGAGGUUGCGUAUUC